CUGCAGAGCUUAAUAAGCCAGCAAGUGGUUUUAAACGACGGUACAAAAAUAAUUGGACGACUGUCAAAAUCAGCAAAUGGUAAAACCGUUACUGAAUACCUUGGUGUCCCCUAUGCAGAGCCUCCGAUUAAUGAACGUCGAUUCAAAAAGCCAGUAAAAGUAUCAAGACGAGAGGUGAUUAAUGCGGUUAAUAGACCCAAAUCUUGUAUGCAGAGUCCUGAUACGUAUUUUGGCGACUUUUAUGGAGCAACAAUGUGGAAUAGUAACGUACCAAUAUCAGAAGAUUGCCUUUACCUCAACAUAUACGUUCCUGAGACAGCCAAAAAAGAGCGCAACCUACCAGUAAUGAUAUGGAUAUACGGUGGUGGUUUUUGGUCUGGUUGUUCCACUCUUGAUAUUUAUGAUGGAAAAAUUUUAGCCAGCGAAGAAAAUGUGAUAGUAAUUACAAUCAAUUAUCGUGUUAGCGUUUUUGGAUUUCUUUACCUAGGUGAUGAAAACGUUCCAGGAAACAUGGGACUUUGGGAUCAGCUGGAAUCCUUCAAAUGGGUACGUCAACAUAUCGAUACCUUUGGCGGCGAUCCAGACAGAGUAACGGUUUUUGGAGAAAGUGCUGGAGCAGCAUCUGUUGCACUGCACUAUGUUAGCCGACAAAGUCAGGAGUACUUCCGCCGGGCUGUAUUACAGAGUGGAGGAGCGACGUCACCAUGGGCUACUGAGUCAAAGCAGGUGGCGAUGAGUAGAGCUGUUAUUUUAUAUAACACUCUGUGCGCGCCAGAUCAUCCUAUGGAUGCCAAUGAUCUCACAGAUUGGAAUAAGAAAAAGAAAAUAAUUUACGAUUGCGUUAUGAAAGCAGAUGCUGCACAACUUUUGAAUGCUGAAUGGAGUCCAACUGUUGAAUUCGUUGAUUUUCCUUGGGUUCCUGUAAUUGAUAACGAAUUUCUGAAUGAACUGCCCUCAACUUCUCUAAAAACUGGAAAUUUCAAAAAAAAUGCUGAAUUGUUGGCCGGAUCAAACCGCGAUGAAGCCAUUUAUUUCAUUGUUUAUCAAUUAACUAACAUUUUCCCUGUUUCGUCUUUCUUCAACAGAUCCGAUUUUGUAAAAGAUCGAAAAGUGUGGAAGAAAUGUGCAAUGAGCCUUCUGCCUCAGUAUAUGGUCCAUAAUCCAAUACUGUUUGCUUCAAUCCUUCACGAGUAUGAGCCAGAAGAGCUGAAUCCACAUCCGGUAGAGUGGUUAAAUUCUCUAGACAAAAUGCUUGGUGACCUACAUUUUACAUGUAGUGUUAACGAGAUUGCUCUUGCCAACAGCGAGCAUGGAGGAACAACUUACUACUACUAUUUUACGCAUCGUGCAACGCAACAGACAUGGCCAAAAUGGAUGGGUGUAGUGCAUGGAUACGAAAUAAAUUUUAUUUUUGGAGAGCCGCUCAAUGAAACCUUCAAUUACACAGAGGAAGAGAAAAGUUUAAGUUGGCGUAUGAUGCACUACUGGGCUAACUUUGCCCGGACUGGAAAUCCGAAUACGAAUCCUGACGGAAGUCAAUUUAUGCUGGAUUGGCCACUGUAUACUAAAGCGACCAUGCAGUAUAUGAAUUUGACCGUGGAUUCUGAGUAUGAUAGAGGGUCGAAAUGGAUUGGUACCGGUCCAAGAAGAAAACAAUGUUCUUUUUGGCAUAACCACAUUCCCACAUUAUCUGCUGCAGUUGGUGAUUUGGAUGAACAGUUAUUGCAGUGGAAGCGCUCAAUCGAUCAAUGGCAAAAUGAAUAUAUGGUGGAUUGGCAACUCCAAUUUGAGCAGUAUAAGAAAUAUCAAAGUUACAGGUAUGCCGACUACGAUAACUCAGGAUAUUGUCAGUAG